AGGCUCCAGUGGUAUAAGUGGAUUUGAGGGCUUGGAAGGAAAACAAGGACGCUAGUUAACGUUGUCUCGGCGUUGAAGGUGUGGUUUUGGUGAGGGUAUGGAGCACCCUGUACACAGAGGGGAGACAAUGCCCAUCGGACUGCAUGACAGAUCCCUCGUGGAGGACGACGACGCUCACAUGAAAGUUGCUCUGGGCUAUGGUGAUAUGGGCAUCUCUGCUCACCUUCAGGCAUCAAAGACUGGAAACACUCGAUUUUUCACAAGCAACACACACAGCUCAGUUGUUCUUCAGGGAUUUGAUCAGCUGAGGAUAGAGGGUUUGCUAUGUGAUGUCACGCUGGUGGCCGGGGACGGCGAUGAAGCUUUCCCUGUACACCGUGCCAUGAUGGCCGCCUCCUCAGACUAUUUCAAAGCCAUGUUCACAGGUGGAAUGAAAGAACAGGAUUUAAUGUGCAUCAAGCUUCACGGAGUUAACCGAAUAGGCCUGAAGAAGAUCAUUGACUUUAUCUACACAGCCAAGUUGUCACUCAACAUGGAGAACCUGCAAGACACACUUGAGGCAGCCAGCUUCUUACAAAUCCUUCCUGUGCUGGACUUCUGCAAGGUCUUUCUUAUAUCUGGGGUUUCUCUCGACAACUGUGUAGAGGUGGGCCGCAUUGCCAACACAUAUAACCUCACAGAGGUGGACAAAUAUGUCAACAACUUCAUCCUGAAAAACUUCCCGUCACUGCUGGGCACAGGAGAGUUUGUCAAGCUACCAUUUGAACGACUGGCUUUUGUACUGUCCAGUAACAGCUUGAAACACUGCACUGAAUUGGACCUGUUCAAGGCUGCGUGCCGCUGGCUACGCUACGAAGACGGUCGUAUGGACUAUGCCCCAAAGCUCAUGAAGAACAUCCGCUUUCCCCUCAUGAACCCACAGGAGCUCAUCAAUCACGUGCAGACAGUGGACUUUAUGCGCACGGACAACACCUGUGUCAACCUUCUCCUGGAAGCUAGCAACUACCAAAUGAUGCCCUACAUGCAGCCAGUUAUGCAGUCAGAACGGACAGCCAUCCGCUCGGACAGUGCCCACCUGGUCACCCUGGGUGGUGUUCUGCGCCAGCAGCUAGUUGUGAGUAAGGAGCUGCGUCUGUUUGAUGAGAAGGCUCAUGAGUGGAAGGCGUUGGCUCCCAUGGACGCACCACGCUACCAGCAUGGCAUCGCAGUCAUUGGCAACUUUCUCUAUGUAGUGGGUGGCCAAAGCAACUAUGACACCAAAGGCAAGACGGCAGUGGACACCGUGUUCCGGUACGACCCUCGCUACAACAAGUGGAUCCAGGUGGCGUGCCUUAAUGAGAAACGUACCUUCUUCCACCUCAGUGCACUCAAGGGACACCUCUAUGCUGUUGGUGGAAGGAAUGCUGCCGGGGAACUUGCUACUGUGGAGUGCUACAACCCAAGGACAAAUGAAUGGACAUAUGUUGCCAAAAUGAAUGAGCCACAUUAUGGCCAUGCUGGGACAGUGUAUGGUGGUUAUAUGUAUAUUUCAGGGGGAAUCACUCAUGACACUUUUCAGAAGGAACUGAUGUGCUUUGACCCAGAUGCGGACAAAUGGACUCAGAAAGCACCCAUGACGACAGUGCGCGGCCUGCACUGCAUGUGCACGGUGGGGGACCGUCUUUACGUGAUCGGGGGCAAUCAUUUCCGGGGCACCAGCGACUACGACGACGUGCUGAGCUGUGAAUACUACUCCCCCGCCCUCGACUUGUGGACACCUAUCGCUGCAAUGUUGCGAGGCCAGAGCGACGUGGGCGUGGCCGUGUUUGAGAACAAGAUCUAUGUGGUGGGGGGCUACUCGUGGAACAAUCGCUGCAUGGUGGAAAUAGUACAGAAGUAUGACCCUGAGAAAGACGAAUGGCACAAAGUGUUUGACUUACCUGAGUCGCUGGGCGGGAUCCGAGCCUGCACACUCACAGUUUUCCCCCCUGAGGAUAUUUCAAGCUCACCCUCCAGAGAGUCGCCCCUCUCAGCACCUUGAUGAGUAAAGGGGGAGGGGGGGCACUUUGCUCAUACCCCCAUCACCCCUUGUCACCCCCAACCCCCUCAACGAACACACCUUAUAGACAUUGUUUGCACUUCCUCUUUGGACUACAUCUGUACUGCAUCCCCAAGUAUCCCCUCCACCUCCACUUCCCCUCAAGCUGUGCAGAAACCCCUCCCCAAGUGGUUAAACCUACAUACCGAUACGGAUUGGCAACCUAAUUACAUGUUAAUGUUGCAUACUCGGUAUAUUUUGGCAGGAAAUACCUUGACUUGAAAAGUGACUUUGCAAAUCAACUUUUCUACCUGAUGUCUACAAAGUUUUUCUUAUGUCUCGUUUCUUUAGGCGUUCUACAUUGAGAUGCUGACUACCACACUUGACAGUCUCUUCUAGUCUAUGCCAGGUUAGAUGCAGGUGACCCCAGAGAGAGCAGAAGCGUAGGGACAGAUGAGCUCUAAAACACAGCUGGUUUUUAACUCAGGGGUUGGCCCCGGCCCCAUCGACGUCUGUCUCUCUUACAGUUUCAGUUAUUACCUGCUAUUGCUAUGGAACUGUUAACA